AUGAAUCAAGAACGUCCUGAUACACGAAAAAUUUCACCUCAAGGCGUACAUACUAUUACGAUUGAAGAACCACCUGAUCGUAAACUUGAGCACUACAACAAGAUUUUUCUCGGAUGCUCCAAUAAUCCAGACUCAUAUCCCAACUACACUAUCAGGGAUAACAAACUUUACCGCUGCAUCCAUUCUCCCGAUCGUCUAAACGAUGACUUUAUUUGGAAAGAAGUUCCACUACCUCAAGAUAGACAUGCAAUUAUUGAAGUUAACCAUGGUUCCCCUUCAGAACUCCAUCUUGGUAUCUUCAAGACAUUCAAGAAAAUAUCUUUAAAAUACUAUUGGCCUGGUAUGUUUAAGGAUAUUGCCAAUUUAAUCUCAACUUGUGAAACCUGCUUAACCUACAAACACCCUAAUCAUUCUCCCUAUGGUCUUAUGGGUAAACCUAAACUUUGCUCCAGACCUUUUCAAACUAUAUCCUUAGAUCUUAUGGGUCCAUUGCCUAUGACUCGAAGACGAAAUCAGUAUAUUCUAGUAAUUAACUGCAAUUUUACUAAAUAUACUAUGAUUUUUCCCCUUAAACGUGCUACUUCAGCUAAUAUUAUUAAUGUUUUGGAAAAUUCAGUUUUUCUAGUUCAUGGCAUUCCCCAAACUAUUAUAAUGGACAAUGCUGUUCAAUUUCAGUCGCGAGAAUUCCGCUCAUUCUUAAAUUCUUAUAACGUUCCUUUUAUUUUUCACACAGCUUUAUAUUGUCCUCAGGUUAAUCCUACGGAGAAGUUUAAUAGUACAAUUAUUACAGCUCUAGCAUCUCUAGUAGGAGACGAUCAUAGAUCAUGGGACAACCAUCUUACUAAAAUUCAGUACGCAAUGAACAGCGCUACAAAUGUAGCUACUGGCUUUACUCCAAACUUUUUAGUCUUUGGUAGGGAAACAAUACCUUGUGGUUCCUUCUAUACUCCAACUCAGAACCUCGAGGAAUUAAUAUUUAUGCCUCGUGAUAUUUACGCGUCUAAUGCUGGUCUCCUCUCAUCUAUCUUUCACAAAGUUCAAACUAAACUUCACAUAGCGCACGCUAAAAAUAGCGCUCGCUAUGAUCUUCGCCGGGCUUUUAAAGAAUUUAAUGUGGGAGAUACUGUUUGGCGUAAAAACCAUGUUUUAAGCAAUGCCGGCGCAUACUUUAAUGCUAAACUUGCCCCUAAGUUCAUCAAGUGCAAAGUGAUAGCUAAACUGUCACCACUAGUCUAUGUACUUGAAGACCCUAAUGGAGUUAGAGGCAAGUGGCACAUCAAAGAUGUAAAAUCAUAA